AUGUGGCAAAACAAUGGAUUUGGGACUGGGCCUGACUCUCCCUUCCGACUAUCUUUCAAUCAAAAUGACAUGCUAUUUGGAGGCGAUGCUGGGACUCCUAUUGCCGGUCAACAAGGGUUUCCGCAAUUUCAACGCAACUUGAUGGAUGCAGAUGCAUAUCAACCAGAGGUUGGCCUCUACAAUCAGGACGUCUUCACGCAACAUCAACACAUGAGCCCCCAGCAUCAGUAUUCACCGACAGCACCACAUCAAUACAACACGCUCCCACAAAACAAUCCGACUCCAACUCGCCCUCCUGCGAUGUUAAAAGCCAGAGCCGCUGAAUUAAAGGCACAGCUAUUGAAGGGAAAGGAAGCUCGCGCUGGUUCUGCAACUCCUCCAGUUCCAACUGCUGCCGCCGUGGCAAGACAAAAUGCGUCAGCGGAUGCUUCGAGCUCACUACAUGGAUCUCCAAAAACCCCUUCUACUGCUACUGAAACACAUGAUCAGGACGUCAAUGAUCUUAUAGCCCAAUACUCUGUUUCGAAACCAACUGCAAGUGCACAAACCAAAGAUCAAAACAGCGAGCCCACGACGAUGACCACGAACACUGCGCAGGGGUCGAUAAUUCCUAGUUCCUCAGCGAAGUCGCAAGAAUCUUCGUUAGAAAGCCCUAUAAAAGUCCCAAACCCACCUCCAAAUGGAAUCAGUGCCGUUCAUGCAAUGGUCAAAGCAAAUCAGAGCAGGCAUGCAAGCAAUGGAUCAAUAUCAGAAGGCGAAAUACUUGAGGACACACCAAAAAAGCCAUCGCCACCAACGGAGCCAAGACAAAGACAGCCAACCUCCAAGCCAGCUACUAUAGGCGACGAGCUAACCAGAACAAUGGAUAAUCAACUAUCCAAGAAUUCAAACGGCAGUGGUGCGCGAGAUGAUUCUCCACCGCGUCGUGCCCCGCCAUUGAAUCCAAGAAGCUAUUCGCAACGCGGUUAUGAUGAACGGCGUGAUGAAUCUCAGCCACGACCAGACAGGCGAGGGAACUACCAGCCAGAUCACAAACCUGAACGGAAGUCAGCUUCUGAAUUUGAGAAAGAUCCAUAUCAGCGUCGGAGUUCUCGUGAUGAAAAUUAUCACAGACCUGAUUCAAAUAAUGUGCAAAAGCGAGAGGAGACCAAGGCGGCAUACCCCCAGAAGUUGUCGACCCUUGACGACGUGCUUACUCACGACGAAGAUCUCAAAGAAUGGCUGGAAAUUACCGGCUAUCAUAAUGCACCAUACAGAGACAAGAUAUUAAGUCGCCGCCGGGCGCUUGCGAGACUAGAUGCUGAAAGAAAAAGGCUCCUGGCUGAUAUCGAAGCCGAUGAAAGAUCGGGUCUUCCACCUACUCCCGGACCACAAACCUCUGUUUCAUCAAUGCUUCCUCCGCCCAUACCUAACAAAGUAGGACCCCAGAACGAGACUACAACAUUACCAACGGAGAAAAUGGAUGAAUCGAAGAGUGAUCGAUUGAAUCCCAUCAAACGUGCCCAUAGCGAUGUCGAUGAUGGACGUGACGGAGGCUUCUCAGGGAAAAUAGCUCGCAUUGGCGAUCGAGGACCACGUAUCAAAGACGAAGAUGAUUAUGACCAUCAUCGUCCCAGAUCAAGUGGCUCUAGCGCCCAGCGUUGGCAAUCAACCGAUCAUCGUGAUGAAAGAAGCCCCCCCAUCAUCGGUAUGAUGACGAUCGCGACUCACGAGAUCGAGGUGACAGUCGAGAUCGGAACAUUUCACCUGGCCGCAGGGCAUUUGAGAGCAGGCCGCCAGCUCGAUCUACAAGUUUUGGAACAGACGACUCGCGUUAUCGAGAUCGAGAUGAGCACCAAGAGCGAGACAAGCGACCAUUUUCGUGAACUCCAGAGCCAUCAACAGCACGACUCCAAGAGCGAGUCGUCUUUCGGCUCUAGAAUUGCGAAUGGUAAACCUUACAAGGAGCAGAGGGGGUUUGAUAGAGGCGGCAAAGGUGACACUCGAUAUUUCAUUGUCAAGUCAUACAAUGAAGAGAACGUCUUGAGAUGUAUUGCUGAUUCCGUUUGGACCACGCAAGCACAAAAUGGUAGCGUGUUCAAGGAAGCGUUUGAGAGCUGCAAGAAUGUCAUCCUUGUAUUUUCAAUCAACAAAAGCAAAGCUUUCCAAGGAUAUGCACGAAUGGAAUCCCUUCCCGGAUCAGUACAAAGGCCUGCGUGGCAAGAAUCAAUUAACUGGGAGAGUGCAGGAGCGUUCAAAGUCAAAUGGAUGGUAGUCUGCUCGACCAAAUUCCACCGCAUUGGACACCUGAAGAAUGCCUUGAACGAGGACCAAGCUGUGCUUAUUGGCAAAGAUGGGCAGGAAAUUGAGGAGAACUGUGGGCUAGGCCUGAUAGAACUCAUCCAUGAAGAGGCACGGGAAGCCUUGAUUGCUUGGAGACACUCGGACGAGAAAGGUCCUUGGGAAGACUAUCGAUGA